CAAUUCUCUCUCUCUCUCUCUCUCUCUCUCUCUUUCAUUGCCCAGUAUUCUUAACAACUGAUCUCUGCUGUGUUUUCUGUUUCUUUUUCCUCUGUUGAGUGUUGGGUGUGAGCCCCUUCUUCUCCAACACUUAUCACAUUACCAUAAUUCCCAUUUUUUCCUCUUCUUUAAGCUUUUCCUUCAUUUCCCAGGAAAGUUCUGACUUCAAAGACCCAAACUUUCAAGUAAAAAACAAGCUAUGGAGGUUGGAGACCUGAGAACUAGUAUUCUUCAAACUGAUAAAUGUCCUCCCUCUUUGGAUUCUCUUUGGAUUCCUGACUCUGAGCCCUCUUUCCAUGGCCCUGCAUCAAUGGUGAACUUUGAUGGUUUGCAAGAAGCAAGAUUAGAGAAAGAGGAAAUUAGCAGAAGCAAUGGGGAGAAGAAAAGGCGGCUUUUGCCAGAUCAAGUGCAGUUUCUUGAGAGGAGUUUUGAGGUGGAGAACAAGCUUGAGCCUGAGAGGAAACUCCAUUUGGCUCAAAAACUUGGGCUGCACCCUAGACAGGUUGCCAUUUGGUUCCAAAACCGGCGAGCCCGCAACAGAACUAAACAGAUUGAGAAGGAGUUUGAUUCCUUGAAAGCUAGCUAUCACAAACUCACAUCCGAGUUUGAUGCCAUCUCCCAGGAAAAUGACAAGUUGAGGCAUCAGGUUCAAUUGCUGACAGAGAAACUGAAGAGCAAAGGAAAAGAGGAUGAUCAAAUCACUUCAUUUGAGGCAGAACCACAGAAACAGCAACCCAUUGCUGGCACAAUUUUGGCAGAUAGAAAAGCUUUAUCAAUCACAGUUUGCAAGCAAGAAGAUGCAAGUUCAGCCAAAAGUGAUGUUCUUGAUUCAGACAGCCCACACUGCACUGAUGGGAUUGGGAACCAAUUCUUGGAGCCUGCAGAUUCUUCACAUGUUUUGGAAUCAUCAGAUUUUUCCCAGGAUGAAGAUGAUAGCCUUCCCCCAAAUCUUUUCCACACACUCAGCUUCCCAAAGCUUGAAGAUCAUCUACAGCAGAUACCUGCAAAUUCUUGCAACUUGGGAUUUUCCAUUUCUGAUCACUCUCCUUGGUUCUGGGCUUCUGGGCUUGUUGACUAGACAAACAUAAUAUAAUAUAACCUCUUUUUAGUAUUUUUGUUUCAUUAUCUUUUACCACUGUUGCCACUACAGCUUCUGGUACCUAGUACUCUAGUAGUGCUUUCUCAUGCAAUAACAUACAUGUUGUAAAUAAGGUUAAACUAUGAUUAGUGAAUGAAUAUUUUGGUUGGUUCAA